AUGUUAUAUUUAGAAGAUUACCUGGAAAUGAUUGAACAUCUACCACAGGAGUUGAGAGAUAGAUUUACAGAAAUGAGAGAAAUGGAUUUACAAGUUCAAAAUUCAAUCGACAGUUUAGAAAAAAGAGUUAAAACGUUUUUUUCAAAUGCUAAAAAAAUGAAACCAGAAGAUAAAGAAAAAGAAUAUCAAGAAAUUAGAAAAGCCUAUUACAAAACAUUGGAAGAUGCAGAUGAAAAAGUACAUUUAGGCACUGCUAUGCAUGAUCUUGUGGAUAGAUAUCAAAGAAGGUUAGAUGUUGAAGUUUAUAAAUUCAAAAUGGAAUUGGAAGCGGAUAACAGAGGAAUAACUGAAGUUCUUGAAAAAAGAUCUCUCGAACUUGAUCAACCACAACCCAGUUCUAGUCAAAAAGAAAAUCGUUGUGUGCAUUCAUCAAUACUAACAGGUAUCGUUCAUGUAUUAAACCUUCACCUAAAUGAUCAUUUCGUCAUUUGUCAAUCAUCAUGUCAGUGUGCGAUAUACGCAAAGGUAGAAAAAGAAAAUCAUAGCAAUAGAGAAGAAAGACGUAGAAUCGUGCCUGAAAGACGUCGAGAGUCCGUCCUAGCCUCUGAAAAACGUCUUUCGGAACGUCCUCCGAUGGAAGUGAGGCCACCCUCACCGCAACCCGUUGCAACUCCUCCGUCUAGUUACAAUUUGGCACACAUCGGGGCAGGAGGAAACGCGAUAGCGGCGGCGGCUAGUCAAGCCAUUGCUGCCACGCAACAAAUGCAACAAGGUCGUAGAACGGCUAGUUUAAAAGCAUCUUACGAAGCGAUAAACACGGGAGUUCACGCUCACGAAUUAAGCAUCGGAAGAGAAUUAGCUGGAGCUGCUCACACGGCAUUGCAAGCGACUCAGGAAGCCGCACGAAAACACAAGCGUGCGGCGGCUGCGUCACCGGUUAUAGAAGUGCCAGCAGAAGAAGAAAUGCCCGUCGUGGAUUCGUCGUUGGAUGCGGAAAAUCCCGAUUGGACGUACGAUCCCAACGAGCCGAGAUAUUGCAUUUGCAAUCAGGUUUCAUACGGAGACAUGGUCGCGUGCGAUAACGAAGACUGUCCUUUCGAAUGGUUUCAUUAUCCUUGCGUCGACAUAACAUCUCCGCCAAAAGGAAAAUGGUUUUGUCCGCAGUGUACGGCUUCGAUGAGACGACGUGGUUCUAGAAAAAAUUAA